AUGCUUAGUCCCGAACGUCGUCCUUCCAUGGCGGAGCGUAGACCGGUUUUAAGCAAUUCAUCUUCCAUAGUGGUACCACAUUUAGCAGGUAUCGAAGAUCCGUUGCCUGACAGCACUCCCGACAAAGUUGACGUUUUGAUAGUGGGCACUGGGAUGGUUGAGAGUGUCCUCGCAGCUGCUUUGUCCUGGCAAGGCUCGAAAGUGUUGCACAUCGAUAAGAACGAUCACUAUGGAGACAGUUCGGCUACGAUGACUGUAGACCAAAUAAAAAGGUGGGUAAACCAAGUCAAUGAAGGUGAAUACCCCAAAUGCUAUUCUAACGCCAAGCUGUACGUUUCAACGAGCAUCGAAAAUGGGAGAGGAAGGUUUGCUUCAAGGGAUUUUGGUCUCGACCUUGCGCCAAAGAUUCUCUUCGCUAAAUCCGAUCUGUUAUCUGUCCUAGUCAAUUCGAGAGUUCAUCAAUAUCUGGAAUUCCAAUCACUAUCGAGCUUCCACACGUACGAGAACGAUUCUUUUGAAAAGCUCACAAACACGAAGCAGGAAAUUUUUACCGACCAAAAUUUACCUUUAAUGACCAAACGAAACCUAAUGAAAUUUAUUAAAUUUGUCCUAAACUGGGAAGAGCAACCUGAGAUUUGGGAGCCCUACUCUAACAGACCUAUUGGUGACAUGCUUGUGGAGAAGUUUAAACUUGACAAACCGCAAGUUUUUGAGCUGAUGUUUUCUAUCGGAUUGUGCUACAAUAUGCAUACCAAAACCCCGGAAGUGCUGCAAAGGAUACGUCGCUAUCUGAGCAGUUUUGAUGUUUAUGGACCUUUUUCGGUUCUUUACUCAAAAUACGGUGGCCCUGGUGAACUGUCGCAAGGAUUCUGUAGAUCUGCUGCUGUCGGUGGUGCCAUGUACAAGCUCAAUGAAUCUCUGGCUUCAUAUGAUCCAAGCAGUAAGAUUGCCUAUUUCAACGAUGGCUCUAAAGUUUCCGUUACCGAAAAGGUGGUCAUCUCGCCAACGCAGGCUCCCAAAUACAAUCAAAACGCCCCUGAACAGAAGUAUGAAAUUCAUAGAUUGACUUGUAUCGUCGAAAAAUCAUGCGAGGAGUGGUUUACCGAAGGAGAAUCAGCAGCCGUUGUUGUAUUUCCUCCAGGGUCGCUAAAGUCGGGGAACCAAGAAGUUGUUCAAUCGUUCAUUCUGGGCUCCGGUAGUGAGACGUGUCCAAAGGGGACUAGUAUAUGGUAUCUCUCUACAACACAGCAGGGUCCACGUGCUGAAAUGGAUUUAGACGCCGCACUGGAGGCAAUGGAAGCUAGUAUCGUCAGAGAAUCCUCAUCAGACUUGGAAAAUGACGAAUCCAUCCUACGAUUUGGCCCUAAUGGCGAACCCGUGAUCAAUUCUGUGCGACUGGGUCAAUCCUUCAAGGAGUAUGUUCCAAGAGAAAAGAUACAGUUUUUGCUCAAGCUAUACCACAUUCAGUACACUUCCACCCCGCCUUUUGCUGUGGUCGAUCCCAGUCUGUUUGAUAUAAAUCGCGAAGACUCGGAAAGACUGAUUCCAGGCGCCAGUGACAAUGGCGUCCUUUACACAGCCAUGCCAUCUGCGGAGAUCUCGUACGACGAAGUCGUUACGGCUGCCAAGGUUCUGUACGAGAAGAUUGUUGGCAGUGAUGACGACUUCUUCGAUCUUGAUUUUGAGGAUGGCGAUGAUGCUGCCAUCAGCAAGACCGACUUUGAGAACGCCAUUGAAGAUGAUGAAGACGACGAAGAUGCCGAGAUGAGCGUGGGUGUGGGAAGAAGUGGUACAGCAGAGUGUAUUGGGGAGAUGGAAAUAUGA